AUGAAAGAGAGGAGAUCAAUCCCUUUUUAUUGUGCCUUUGUUUACCCACUCAUUAUCACUAAUGAAAGCUUAGCUUGUCCUCACCUACUGGGGCUAGUCAUGUCCCUCAUACCACCAUACCUCUCUCGCUCUCUCUCUCCUUCCAUCCAAAACACAUUGCUAUCACUCUCUGUCUCUCUCACUCUCUCUGUCUGUCUCUCUCUUUCUCCUUCCAUCCAAAACACAUUGCUCUCACUCUGUCUGUCUCUCUCACUCUAUCCAUCCAAAACACAUCACUCUCUGUCUCUCUCACUCUCUCUGUCUGUCUCUCUCUCUUUCUCCGUCCAUCCAAAACACAUCACUCUCUGUCUGUCUCUCUCACUCUAUCCAUCCAAAACACAUCACUCUCUGUCUCUCUCACUCUCUCUGUCUGUCUCUCUCUCUUUCUCCGUCCAUCCAAAACACAUCACUCUCUGUCUGUCUCUCUCACUCUAUCCAUCCAAAACACAUCACUCUCUGUCUCUCUCACUCUCUCUGUCUGUCUCUCUCUUUCUCCUUCCAUCCAAAACACAUUGCUCUCACUCUGUCUGUCUCUCUCACUCUAUCCAUCCAAAACACAUCACUCUCUGUCUCUCUCACUCUCUCUGUCUGUCUCUCUCUCUUUCUCCGUCCAUCCAAAACACAUCACUCUCUGUCUGUCUCUCUCACUCUAUCCAUCCAAAACACAUUGCUCUCUCUUUCUCUCUCACUCUCUCUGUCUGUCUCUCUCUUUCUCCUUCCAUCCAAAACACAUUGCUCUCACUCUGUCUGUCUCUCUCACUCUAUCCAUCCAAAACACAUCACUCUCUGUCUCUCUCUGUCUCUCUCACUCUCUCUCUCUGUCUCUCUCACUCUCCAUCCAUCCAAAACACAGCAUUUAGCCUUUCAUCAUGACUGGUUAUAUUUUCUGGUUUUAUGUUUGUGAUGAAAAAGAAAGAUUAAAACAUUAUUUUAUAGUUUUUUUGUUGUUGUUGCACAAAGCACUUAAAUAAAUGACACUAGCUGAUUGCU